GGAAUCGUCUUACUUGAAUCCAAUACAUUAAUAAAAAUUUUGUUAGUUAGUUGAUAUUACUUUUUCCGUUUACUUAUAUAUGAAGAAGAAGAUGAAGAAGAAUAAAAAAAAAAGGGGGAACCUUUAGGCUUGACUAUAUUUAGGAGUUUAUGGAAAAAGAGGAAGAUCACGACUUUUUAUUCAUAUUUGGCCACUUAAAAAAAAAAAAAAAAGGAGAAAGGGUAAAGUUGGAAACUCAACGCGGGAAAGAAAUAAAGAAUCGGUGUUCCCCCAAUUUUCUCUUUCUUUUUAUUCCUUUUUCUUUCUUUUUUUCCCACUCUUCUUUUUUUUUUCUUUUUUCUUCUUCUUUUUGUUAGUAUUAUUUCAAAAUGACUGGUACUAUGACUGAUGUGGAAAUUGAACAACUCCGUGAGUGUUAUGAUUCUUAUACUCACGGUCAUGGGAUGAAUGCUUCUACAUUGGCUGAAAUUUAUCGUAAAGCCAAAGUACCUGUAACUCAAGAAGAAUUGGAUCGUCAGAUUGCCGCUUCAAGUUCAAAGGGAAAUGGAAAAUUAGAUUUUGAUGAUUUCUUGACUGUAAUGAGUCGUCAAUAUGAAACUAAUGCUGAAGAAGGUGCUUCUAAAGUGUUCCACAUGUUGGAUACUGAUAAUGAUGGUUUGAUUACUUCUCAAGAUUUGGAACGUGCCAUAGUGGAAUUUGGUGAAACUGUAACCCCAGAUGAAUUAAAAGAAAUGAUUUUAUCAGCUGAUGUUGACGGUGAUGGUAUGAUCAACUAUGAAGAAUUCCUCAAAGUCAUGACGCCUUCCAAGAUGAUUGUGCCUUUUGUCUGA